AUGACCUCCAUCACCAUCGAUGAGGCGGGUACACGCCCCCUCCAGCGUAUCCAUUCUACCAACCUCCCUUCUCAUUCCCAGGAGCCGUCGUUCGUCGCAUCCGUCCUUGAUAAGCUCAUCGACUCCACCGCAACUCACCACGAUGUCUCCCACACCAUACAUGCCCCAAUGCAUCUCACUCACCUCGUUUCAUCCCUCCAUUCUCUCAUUCCCGGCAUAGAGAAGUACGCCACAGAGUACCAUGUCGGCAAUUACGUUGUAGUUCGCGCCACCGGCGAGAAGUUCUUCGAGAGCAUGCCCAUCUACGGCAGGCUUGGCAUGCAUCUCCUGUUCUACGGCCACACCGAGAUCAAGGUUCUUCACGAGAAAUCAGUGGAGGCUGUUCUCGAGGAUCUCUCCAUCAGGGAAGGGAAAACGUACGACUCCCCCGAGUCUGUCAAGUCCAUUCCGUCCUUCAUUCGGACUUACUCGCUCGAACUCGAUCAGCUUCUCUAUCCCGACAUCAGCUACUACAAAUGCUUCAACGAAUUCUUCUACAGGAAAUUGAAACCAGACGCGCGCCCGGUAGCUCACCCAGACGAUCCUACGGGUAUAUGCAGCGCAGCCGAUUGCAGGCUCACAGCGUACCAGAACGUUGAUCUCGCCAAGAAAUUCUGGAUCAAGGGUAACCACUUCACCGUCGCCAACCUCCUCGGCGUUGCAGAGGAUUCCUCGAAUGCACAGGCAUUUGACGGUUCCAGCGUCGCCAUAUUCCGCCUGGCACCUGCAGACUACCACCGGUUCCACAGUCCAAUCGAUGGCGUUGUCGGUGAGACCUUUGACAUUGCUGGAGAAUACUACACCGUGAACCCGCAGGCGGUGAACGAGCCCAACUUCGAUGUGUUCACGGACAAUAAGCGCUCUGUGCUCUACAUGACUCACCGACUCACCGGCCAGCCUGUUGCAUUCGUCGCGACCGGUGCUAUGCUCGUCGGGAGUAUCAAGUGGACCGCGGGUGGCGAGAAGGGCCGCAACGUCAGCCGCGGCGACGAGCUGGGCUACUUUGCUUACGGUGGGAGCACCAUCGUCGCGCUCUUUUCCCGCGGCCUCGUCACGUUCGACGAGGACCUCCUAAGGAACUCCGAAAGCGUGCUCGAGACCCAGAUGAAGGUCGGAUGGUCCCUCGGGCGCAGCCAGCCCCCAGCGGCUGCCCAAUGA